AUUUAUUUUUUAGAUGAUAGUAUUAAAUUCUUUGAGAGGAUAUUAUUUUUCGGCAAUCAAAAUCCACUCAUAAAUUGCUAUAAUAGGAGGAGGCACAGGAGGAUUAAAUGUGGCAGCUCAAUUAAUAGCUGAUGGACAUGCUAUUCCAUAAUAAAUUAGAAUUUUCGAACCCUAAAAAAUGCAUGCUUAUUAACCUGGAUGGACAAUGGUUGGUAUAUUUAAUUUAGUAAUUAAGGUGGUGGAUUAUGUAAUGUAAAAAAGACCCUAAAACCAAUCGAAAAAGUAUUACCCAAGAAUGUUUCAAUCUCAGAUAGUGCUAUAGCAAAAAUAAAUCCAAAAGAGAAUGAAAUUGUAACAUAAAAUGGAGAGAUUUAUACAUAUGAUCAAUUAGUAAUUGCUACAGGAAUAAAAACAGAAUUCGAUUAAAUCAAAGGUAUAAACAUAGUAUUCUAAUAUAAAAAGGGGCUAGAUAAUAUUUAGAUGAUCUAAAUUCUCCUGUUGCUUCAAUAUAUAAUUAUAAAUAUGCUGAAAAAAUGAAUAGACUUGUAGAAGAAUUUGAAGGAGGUAAUAUUGUAUAUACAGAACCUCCUUUACCUAUUAAAUGUGCAGGAGCUCCUUAAAAAAUAAUUUAUUUAUCUCAUGAUAGAUUAAAUAAAAGAGGAAUAAAAACUAAUCAUCAUUUUUAUAAGACAGCCGGAGUUAUUUUUGGAGUUCCAAAAUAUGCUGAAAUUCUUACAGAAUUAUGUAAAAAGAAAGAAAUUAAUUGUCAUUUUAAAUAGAAAUUAAUUGAAGUUUAAGAUCAUAAAGCUAUAUUUGAAAAUUAAGAUACAAAAGAACUUAAGAGUGUCACAUUUGAUUUAUUACAUUUAGUUCCACCUUAAGUAAUAAAUAGAAUAUUAUAAUUUAGUUACCUGAUAAAUUUAUAACAAUUAGUGGUUUAGCUGAUGCAGCUGGUUUUGUAAAUGUUAAUCAUAAUACAUUACAACAUGUGACAUAUAAAAAUAUAUGGUCAUUGGGUGAUUGUUCUUCUCUUCCAACUUCUAAAACAGCUGCAGCUAUUUUUGCUCAAACACCUGUAUUAGUGAAAAAUUUAAUAAGGGUUUGGAAAAAAAAUCUUGAACCUAUUCCAGGAUAUUAGGGUAUUAAUUCUAUUUAUUAAAGGAUAUACUUCAUGUCCAAUAUUUACAAGCUAAAGUAAAUUAUUAUUGGCAGAGUUUAAAUAUAAUUCUUAAUUGGAUGAAACAUUCCCAAUAUUUUAAUCAAAUGAAAGUCGAUUGAUGUUUCAUUUAAAAAAAGAUUUCUUUCCAAUAGCUUAUUGGUAGCUCAUGAUUAAAGGAUGGUGGGGAGGAAGAGAUGGAAUAAGAUUUUUUAAAGGGGCAUGAUAUUCUAUCUAUUUUUAAGUUAAUUUUAUUC